AUGACUGUCCCACGCUCCGAGUACUUGAGCACUGCGUGGGCCGAGGGUAUUUUUGCCAACCGCGUCGUGUUCAUCACAGGGGGAGCUGGCUCCAUUGGCAGUGCCCAGACCCGAGCCAUCGUUCACCUCGGCGCAGAUGCUUGCAUCAUUGGCCGCAGCGUCGAGAAGACCGAAGCUGCAGCAAAGGAGAUUGCCAAAGUUCGAGAUGGCUCACGGGUUCUAGGCAUUGGCGGUGUCGAUGUCCGAAAUUUCGAUGCCCUGAAAGCCGCGGCAGACCGAUGCGUGAAGGAGCUAGGGAGCAUUGAUUAUGUUGUCGCCGGCGCAGCGGGAAACUUCAUUGCGCCAAUCUCGGGACUGAGCCCGAACGCGUUCAAGGCUGUCAUUGAGAUCGACGCGAUCGGAACUUUCAACACCAUCAAGGCUACCAUGUCGCAUCUCAUCAGGUCUGCAUCUCAGAACCCGAACCCAAACCCGUCCGGCAGCACGGGAGGGCGCUUCUUGUCUGUAUCUGCAACUUUCCAUUAUACCGGAAUGCCCCUCCAGGCGCAUGUCUCCGCGGCCAAGGCCGCUAUCGAUUCUCUGAUGGGAAGUGUUGCCCUCGAGUACGGACCAUACGGCGUUACUGCCAACACGAUAGCCCCGGGCGCCAUAGAAGGCACAGAAGGCAUUCAGCGCCUCGCUAGUAGCCAGGUAACUCGAGGGGAGUGGGCAAAGGGUAUUCCGAGCGGAAGAUGGGGAUCUAUACGGGAUAUUGCCGAUGCAACCGUGUUUCUGUUCAGCGAUGCGGGCAACUACGUCAACGGGACCAGCCUCGUCGUCGACGGCGCCGGAUGGAGACGCCAAGGCGGGGCGGCGGUUGGCGUCGACCCUGAUAUGACCUACCCCGAAUUUCUCUUCUCUGGCGAAGUUAGCAAGUUUUUGAAGGAUGGGAGAAAGGAGAAGUCGAAGAUAUAG